AUGUCAUGUUUACAGAAGAAACGCAAACCCAUGGUCCCAAUAAAAACAUUAGAUGUAAUAUUUAGGCGCCGGUAUGUACCUAACACUCAAUUUUAUUUUGCUAAUCGAAAACAUGCUGUUUCCAAAGAAAUAACUAAACCAAAACGUGUCAGGCCGUUUAGAGUACCAAGGUCUGAAAAACUUUUGUCAUACAUUAAAUAUAGUGACCGUAAAGAAAAGUUAUGUGCCAGAGAUAGAUUAGCUCAACCUUUACAUUUAAAAGAUAAUCUAAGGAUUGCGGCAACAAGAGAUAUCUCACAGAGACUUUUCCUUGAAGAGCCUCCUGAUGACGUGCGCGCCGUAGUUGAAAUUCAUCCAGAAUUUUACACUGUCAUAGAGGGUCGCCCAUUAAGGUCUUUUGAUGAUAUUAAGGUAUACGUGAAUAAUAUAAGAAGCUAUGCAAUGAAUCGUCAGCAAACUGGCUACAGGCGCGAUAUCAUACUUAGAAUUGAGCAAAGCAUGGUAGAUGAAAAGCGGUAUUAUGACGUUAUAGCAGAAAAUUUAAAACAGCACAUUAAAAACUUUCAAAAAUUUUUAACCGAAGAUUAUAAGAAAGCUUGUGCAAAGGUAUCAAAAUCAGAAAAAGUAUAUGCAGAUUUAAUAGCCAAAAAUUCUGAAUUUCUUGGUUACGCGUCAUCGAUGUCCAUAAUGAAUAAUAUAAUAUUCAAGCUAGAUGCCAUAAGAAAUAUUUUGAAAAUAUAUAGGAGGUAUUUAAUUUUCGUCGCUCCUAUUUCUUGGAGACAACAGUUUGAUGAAACAUUGAAGGGUAGAGUGAAGUCUAUUCAAUUUGAAACAGGAUCGUUUGCAACUGAUAACGAUUUGGUAGAAACGUUGGGUAUCGAUAAAAUUAUCGAAGCAGCAGGAAUAGAAUUCCAUGAUCCUUUGCCAGCCAGUAUGUAUUUUAAGACACCAGAGAAAAUGAUAUAUCUAUUUCGGACUAUGGAAUUACAGAGUCGUGAAUACUUAAGACAGCUUGCUAAGACCGAUGUUCCUUUCCGAAUUCUGCAAGAACGUAUAAAACAGUUGAAACAAGUUACGACACAAGAGUUAGAUUACUUUCAAUUCUAUAUAGAUAGUCUUAAUACAGAAAUAAUUAGAGAAACAUACAACGAAAAUCACUUACAGCAAAAGUUUUAUCGAAUAUUGAAUGAAUCAUUCUACGAUAGUGUGGCUAGUCCAACUACAUUGAAACUAAAGAUUUGUAUUGAAUAUGUAUACGAACAAGUGAUUGGGAAAUGUGAAGAAGGACAUCAAACCAUACAAGAUCCUAUGAAAAUAUUGGAAGUGAUGUAUGAAGAUUAUAAUUUAAGACUCGAUUCAUUGGAUUUCAAGAUUGUUAACCAAGCUCGAAACGAUUUCUUUGCUCAAGAUUUGAAAAUGAUACGUAAUGCUUACAAAGCUCAGCGAGAACUGAGAGCAUUUAGAGAAAUGACGAAUGCCAUGAAUAAAGCAUUUUUGCCACCUGCCAAAUAUGAACGACCUGUGUUAAAAAAAUUUAUGGAUAAAAAAAGUUGUAUGCAAUUGGCGCGCAAAGAGAGACUGAAAUCGCAAAUAAUAAGUGGGGAACGUCCUCGAUCUAUAAGGUAUAAAAUAACGCCUGAAGAACGAGAAGGAUUGAUGUUCUUUACAGAAUGGUGUGAGGGGACGGAUCCUGCCCCUUAUUUAGAUGAAUAUUAUACAUUCGUAAAACCAGCUUUCGAAUGGGUUCCCCGCAAAUCUAUUCUUCCAUAAGGAAUAUUAAAAUUUUAUAUCAAAAUCAAGUCCCUAGAGAGGAUUUUAUUGUUAAUGUUUUCAUGUUUGUAUUUUUAGUAUAAAGUAUACAAAUCUUGUAGUUCAUACUUACAACGUUGUUAAAAAUUAGGAAGUUUUAAAUAGUGAAAUAAUUACAAAUGCAAUUGUAAGCAGUAGUUUAAAUAAAGCAAGAAUCUACAUCCAGAUUUGCGCUUUGUUUAUUUAUUACAUAAGGACAAAUUUUUGCGACAUAUUUUGAUGGUAAUUUGAAUUUUAUUGAGAAAAAAUUACAAUUAUAAAAAUGUAGUCAUGUUAAAAGUUUGAUUUCAAGUAUUUAUGCCUUUAAUUGCAUAUGUAUCCUUAAGAAUAAAUACUUUAAAAAAUCCUUGUUCGAGACAGUAAUCAAACACAUAACCAUGCGUUAGCCUGGUCACAAUUGCUUCGGUU